GGAAGUGCUUGGAAUUCUGAGCACGUGCGACGUGUGUAGACGCGGGAGAGUGAGGAACGUGUCGCUAUUUUGACUUUCGCAGCGGUUCUGUUAAUUAAUGUCGAUGUGGUAAGUUCAGGAUUUAGCCAUUGAGAUGGGUGACCAAGCUGAAUCAAAUAUGGACCGUGCCAAUGAUGCGGUUGGGGAGAGCAUUCCUACUUUGGCUGAGGAACCUCAUGCAGACCCCUCUUCAGGAGUAAAUGACGAGGCCCACAACAAACCAGACCGUCAGAGUACCAUCUCAGAUGUUAAUAAAGAUGAGCCAGAGAUCUUCAGCAAGAUGCAAGCUUCCAUUAUAACUGAAACCUCCAAGGAGGAAAAUAUGGACGUACAUGAGCUAUGUGAACGUGGCCCUGAAGUUGCCCCAGGAUGCAAAGCUUCGGGUGAAGAUAUGGAAGUAUCUGUGUCCACAAAAAUGGAAACUCUGGUAUUCAGUGAGGGCUCUGCAACGACUCAGGGAAACCUGGACUUUUCUAGCAGUAACAAUCCCAUGUUCCCUGAGGCUCAAAUGCCAUUGAAAGAUGAGAAAGAGCAAUUUGUAUCUGAAGAUAGUGACGACAGCAGCUCGUCUGAAGACUCUUCAUCAGACAGUGAUUCAGAUUCAUCUUCAUCCUCAUCAUCUUCCUCAUCCGGACCUACGGCUGCUGUUGGUGAAGAGGAUGAUGAUGUCGUCGAUGGGAAUAAUGCUGCACCAGUUAAAACGCAAGGUGAAAUUCUGAUUGAGGAGCUGCCUGCUGUGGAGGACGUGGUGGUUUAUCUUCCAGAGCAUGCAGAAAUGCAGCCUAUUGGGAUUGUUUCCCAAAUAAUUGACAAAUUAGUAAUAAUUCAGUCAUUGAAGGAUAUGCCUCCUCUAAAUGAAGAUAGUGUUGUUUUUAACAAAGAUCGGCAGUCAGUCGGAAAGGUGUUUGAAAUUUUUGGACCAGUCCCUCAGCCCUACUAUGUUCUACGGUUUAACUCUGUUGAGCACAUGGCUGGAAAAGGCCUCGCGUUAUACGAGAAGGUGUACUUUGCACCGUUGUUGAAGGACUUCACUGAUUAUGUGUUCACUGAUCAGCUUAAGAUGAGUAAAGGGUCUGAUGCCUCUUGGAAAAAUGACCAGGAACCCCCGCCUGAGGCUCUGGACUUCAGUGAUGAUGAGCAGGAGAAGGCAGCCAGACAGAAGAAAAAUAAGAAGCAGGUGAAACGGCAGAGGUGGCCUGAUCAGGGUGAAGAUGACAAUAAUUCGAGCCAGUCUGUGCACAGCAGGCAGCCAGCAGAGAGCAGACGUGGAGGAGGAGGUUAUCGAGGGCCGGGAUUCAGCCACCAGCCCGCAGAGGGCUUUCACAACAGGUGCUUCCCUCACAGCAAUGCCACUAUGAUGACCUGGGCUCCUCACCGACGUUUGCACCCUCUCAACAACAGGAUGAUGGUAGAAAACAGGCCGCUCACUGUACCCCCUCCUUACCCAGUCCCAUUUCAGCACCAGCCCCCAUAUAUGCCACGUUUUCCACCCCCUCCUCUUCCAGGUCAUAUGACCAUGCCCUGGCCCAGUCCCCCUAUGGGGCCGCCCCCCACUCUUCACGCCAUGACCUUUGGACAUGUCCCCCCUCCUCCACCGCCCCCUCCUCCAACUCCUUCCACCCAGCCCCAGUAAGUGCCCUCAUACAGGACUCCAACUCUAUACAUGUGGGCAGGUCUCUUGUAUUCCACUCAGUUGCAAGGUUACUGGAUUACUGGGCCAAGUUCUGAAGGUUUUUCCAGCUCUCCUUAUGCCACUGCAAGUUGAGAAAUGCCCUUGGGUUGCUCCAGUCUGCACAGGAAGUGGAGUGAAAGAAUUUGCUGCCCUGCUUGAGAACAACCCUCUUGACCUGUCCCUCCAAGACGAUAACAGAAUAUCCCUGCCCUGUGGACCCAUUGACAGUAGUGCAUAAUCACAGUAAUUAGAGAUGGUGUGGAAGUACAUGGCAAAAUAUUUUUGUAUUGCAGAUAAUGUUUUUUAAUAAAAAAAUCAAGAGCUUGUGUAAAUAGAACAGAUUUAUGUUGAACAUUUAUUACUGUCAAUUUAAGAUUUUCUGCUUUCUUUUUUUGUAUAGCUAAACAAUAGAACAGAAAGAUUUCACUUAUUUUCCUCUUUGGGGAAAAAAACCACUAUUUACAUUAGUUCAGAUGAAUUGGAACCUGCUGUUUUCUCAGGUAAAAUUAAAAUAGUCCUGCUGUGCCUCUCCCACAUGCAGGGUGGUGUAGUUUUAGGUUAGAAUCUCUGCAUCCCUUCUAAUAAGCAAUAGUAAUUGUUAGUUAAGGUUGUUUCUGUGUUGAAACUGUAUGACAUUUUGCAUCAGAAAUUCCUGGUGCUGAUAUUCUAUAAAUAGGAUUCUUCUGUCUGUUUCUUAGCAACAGAAUACUGAACAUCUAGAAGGGACGAUCCACUGGUUAUCUUGGCUCUAACUCACGCAAGUUAUUUCAGUUGUUAGUCCUAUCUGUCAUACUUAACUCGUUUAUAUUUCUAGAUAUUUAUUUGCAUCAUAGAGUUCAGGUUUUACAAAGUUCAGAGUCAUGUAAUAUUCUGCAUUCUUUAUUUGGUAGUUUAGGAUAAUAAAAUAUUAUGCAUCUUCAUUUGCAUUGAAUGUUCAGUACCAGAGCAGUGGUUAAACUGGUUGAAUUACGGAAAAAGUUUAUUAAAAACACAGUCAAGUGCUUGGGGAGUACAACCCUGAACCCACUGUGAUCCUCCAGGAGCCAACGCGAAGGCCUUGGCUGUUUACUGACAUUUACAAAUGUAAUGUUGUCUUCUGAGUAGAUUGGAGUGCUAAUUUGAAUUGUGCUUUAUGCCGUAAUGUGUCUUUCUAAACACGUGGCUUUCUGUUUCAUUUGCCAUGUUCACAUGUCACUGUACUGAAAAGCAGCUCUGAAUAUUGUCACUGCUUUUCACAGGACCAAGCAAUCUUCAGAGAAUUUCACUGAAGUGUCCCAAAAAUGGUUACAACAAAUCUUAGCGUUUUGUUUUCUGCUGCUCACUGUCGGUUAGCUUGGGAAAUAAUGCAGUUUCGAAAAACGUAUUCACUGGAUGCAAAUGGUAGCAUUUAAAAUGGUUUCAGAAGCGUUUGUUCGAUAAGAUGAGUUCUCAUGGGGGUUUUUAGUACAAUCUUUAUGUAUGGAGUCAGUGGGAAGAAAUAUGAAUUCAUAUAAGGAAAUAUAGUAUCAAAAUGGCUUUUUUGUUAAACCUUAGUGUUGAUCUCUAAGUUGCUGGGUUAACUUGCCUGUAUCAUAGUUUAUAAAUGAACAAUUUGAGUUUUUUUGUGGUAUUUACUGUUUAUUCUAUUGCUAGAAUUAUUGCUUGUUUUAAUGUACAGUUUUUUCAUUGUACUUUCCAGCAUCAGUUUGGACUGUUCACCUUGUUACAAGACUUGAUCUGUCAGACAUGAGUGAUAGUCAUGAGUGUGAACUAUUCUUAUUGAAGAGUAAACCAGAUUGUGUAAUCUGCCUAAAACGCA